AUGGAAGAAGUGAAGAAGGUAGUACUCAAUGAAAACUGCUCAGCUGCUAUGCUAAAUAAGCUACCAAAGAAGAAAGGUGAUCCGAGGAGUUUGACUUUACCUUGCCAAUUUGGCAACUUGGCCACCAUUCAUGCCUUAGCCGAUUCGGGAGCAAGUAUGAACCUAAUGCCAUAUUCAUUAUUUAAGAAGCUGGACCUCCCGGAACCUAGGCCAAUUCGCAUGGAAAUUCAUUUGGCAAACAAGACAGUCACCUUCCUAAGAGGCAUAUGCGAAGACAUACUAGUCAAGGUGGACAAAUUCGUCUUUCCCGUUGAUUUUAUCAUUCGAGACAUGGAGGCAGAUCCACAAGUGCCAAUCAUCCUUGGAAGGCCCUUCCUCAACACGGCAAGUGCUAUAGUAGACAUGAGGGACUCGAAGCUCACCUUGCGGGUAGGAGAAGAUUCAGUCACAUUUAGGGUAGACCAAGCUAUGAAGUAUUCGAGGAACAGUGAUGACACGGCAUUCUCAAUUGAUAUGCUUGACGAAUUAUUGGAGGAAUGCAUAACUGAAGAUUCCAGCAAGUUCACAACUGAUGAUGAAGAAUUUGAUCCAUAA